AUGGUAACUUCUGAGACAGUGCCUUUGAUAAAGGUUUCCUUUUCCUCUCACAGUGUCAGUAUUAGCAGCAGAAGGAAGAAGUCCAGACUGUGGAGUUCCAUCCUCAAGAUGAUCCCUCACAUGGCGCUGUGUAAAUUCUUUCCUCUGGUUCUAGUGGGGGUUGUGGUAUUUGCUGUGAGUGGGAUUAUUGGAGACCCUCUGUAUGAGUGCCUCAAAGAUACAGACUACAGCGAGCUUCUCGACAUUGUGGAUAAAGGUCUUCCUGCCACUAAGACACCUCGUCAUAUAGCGAUCAUUGGUGGGGGCAUCGCUGGAUUGACUGCAGCAAAGUUUUUAGAAGAUGCUGGCCAUAAGGUGACCAUAAUCGAAGCGAGUAACCGCAUUGGAGGACGUGUGGAGACCUUCAGGAACAGAAGAGAAGGCUGGUAUGCAGAAGUGGGUGCCAUGAGGAUCCCCAGCUUUCAUAAGAUUCUGCUUUCCUUUGCCUCCAAAUUACAAAUUUCUUUAAAUCACUUCAUCCAAGAUGACAUCAACACAUACUAUCUGGUAAAUGGAGUGCUACAGAAAACCUAUGCUGUGGAAAACAACCCCGGUGUGCUUAACUACAGCUUGAAUGAAAGAGAGAAGGGGAAGUCAGCUGCUCAACUCUUCAGUCAGUCACUGUGGAAGGUGAGGGAUGACCUCAAGACAAUCGGCUGCUCUGCCAUGUUGAAUAAAUAUGACUCCUACACAGUAAAGGAAUAUCUGGUGAAGGAGGGCAACCUGAGUCGUGGUGCCUUGAGGAUGAUCGGGGACAUCCUGAAUGAAAACAGCCUCUUCUACACAUCACUGAUAGAGAUGCUGUACAUACAAUCAGACAUCAAUGACAACACUGAGUACUUUGAAGUGACAGAUGGCUUUGACCACCUCCCCAAGGCUUUCUACCAGGUGUUAAAUGCCACGAUCCUUCUCAACUCAAAGGUCAAGCUGAUCAACCAAACAGGCAGCAGCAAGGUAACCGUAACGUACCAGGACUGGCGUAAUUCAGGCUCCCUAACCAACCUAACAGUGGACUAUGCCCUGGUUACGGCCACAGCCAAGGCCACCCUCUUCAUUAACUUCCAGCCCCCUCUCUCCGGGGACAAGAUGGAGGCCCUGCGCUCAGUUCAUUAUGCCAGCUCUACCAAAGUGGUUCUCAGCUUCAGCGAGCGCUUCUGGGAGAAAGAGGGCAUCAGAGGAGGGAAGAGCAUCACAGACCGUCCCUCUCGCUUCAUCUACUACCCCAGCCACAGCUUCCCCGGUACAGCCGCAGGGGCCCUCCUGGCAUCUUACACCUGCUCUGACGAUUCCACCCUCUUCCAAGGGAUGAGCGAAGAGGAGCUCAUGGCUGUGGUCCUGGAGGACUUGGUCAAGAUCCACGGAGAGGUAAUCAGGCAUCUGUGCACGGGGGGGCUGGUAAAGAAGUGGGGCUUGGACCCUUACAGUCUGGGAGCCUUUGCCCUUUUCACGCCCUACCAGCAGGGACACUAUGCCAGAGAACUGUUCCAGAGUGAGGGGCGGGUACACUUUGCAGGGGAACACACAGCCACACCUCAUGGUUGGAUUGAAACUGCCAUGAAGUCUGCUCUCAGGGCAGCUAAAAAUAUUAACAGCCUUACAGUGUAGUUCUGUUUGCAGCAAAUAUUUUUCACAUACAUCCUAACAUGUUCACUCUUACAGGAUUUGUCUGAUAGAUUGGUUUAGCAGUAUAUCUUGUGUCUGGUCUAUCAAUGUCAACCCACCCGGUGAUGUAUAUUUUUUAUGUUAUGUCAUAUUUAUUGAUCUAAUUA